AUGUUGUCUUGUUGGCGUUAUCGGCUGGCCGCGAUUGUCGGUGCUUCCGCGGCCGGUGUCUAUACAAUCGAUGCAACUAACGAAAAACGGUUUCGCAAUCAGAAGAACAAUUACUUCAAGCAAUCAAAACGAAAAAGCAAAUUAACUGAAUUGAACCGAAAACCAAGAAAGCGGCUUCCAACGAGAGAGAAGAUGGUGAACACCUUGAAAGAGAAGGACUUCGAUGUUCUCAUCAUUGGCGGUGGUGCUACAGGGGCAGGGGUGGCGCUUGAUGCUCAGACCCGUGGGCUCCGAACUGCUCUUAUUGAAUAUGACGACUUCUCAUCUGGAACCUCUUCAAAAUCAACAAAACUUUUGCAUGGAGGCGUUCGUUAUUUACAAGCCGCCAUUCAGAAACUUGACUACGAGCAAUACAAAAUGGUGAAGGAGGCGCUUUUUGAGCGAUCGAAUGUCAUGGAAGUGGCACCGCAUUUGACUUGCGCCGUGCCGAUCAUUCUUCCAGCAUACAAAUGGUUUGAUCUACCAUAUUAUUGGGUAGGAAUCAAAGCAUACGAUUUCGUGGCCGGAUCGCGAAUACUAAAAUCGUCGAAAUUUGUAUCAAGACGAGAGACAAUCGAGCUUCUGCCAGUAAUAAAAGAUGACGGACUCAAAGGCGGAAUAGUUUAUUACGACGGACAAUCAAAUGAUACCAGAGUGAAUUUGUCGGUAAUAAUUAGCGCAAUUCGCAAUGGAGCACAGUGUGUUAAUCAUACAGAGGUCAUCGAGUUAAUAAAAUCGCCAGAGGGUAAGAUUAUCGGUGCAGUUGCGAAAGAUAAGAUCACCGGCGAAACGUACAAAAUUCGGGCAAAAUGCGUCGUGAAUGCCACUGGGCCGUUUACCGAUACAAUUCGACGAAUGGCCGAUGAGAAUGUUAAACCGAUUUGUAUGCAAAGCUCUGGAGUGCAUGUGACACUUCCGAAAUAUUAUUGUCCCGGAAAAACGGGUUUGCUCAAUCCGAACACCUCGGAUGGUCGAAUAAUUUUCGUGCUUCCAUGGCAAGGAAUGGCGAUUGCUGGCACCACCGAUGUUGCCGCGAAACUCACUUAUUCUCCGACGCCAACCGAAGACGAUAUUCAAUUUAUUAUGAACGAACUCAAAAAUACUUUGGGACGAGAUCUGACGAUUCGACGAGAAGAUGUUUCAAGCGCAUGGUGCGGGUUGAGGCCAUUGGUGUACGAUCCAAAAAAGGGGGAUACUAAAAGCCUUGUGAGGAAUCAUAUUGUUGAGGUGUCUGAUUCUGGCCUAGUGACCAUUGCUGGAGGAAAAUGGACGACAUUCAGGAGUAUGGCGCAAGACACCGUUGAUGAAUGCAUCAAGCAUCACAAUCUUGAAGCAAGUAACAUCUGCGUUACACCUGGUCUGCUUAUUGAAGGGGCUCAUUUGUGGAGUCCGAUGCUUUAUUCAAGAAUUGCUCAAGAAUACGGCAUUGAAGAAAAUGUUGCCAAACAUUUGUGUUCGACAUAUGGAGAUCGAGCUCAUGACGUUGCAAAAUUGUGCACAUCGACGGGAAAAAAAUAUCCGGCUCUUGGCGUCCGACUUCAUCCUGACUUCCCAUAUUUGGAAGCAGAAGUCAGAUAUGCGGUUCGAGAAUACGCGCAGACGGCCAUCGAUUUUCUCGCGAGACGAACGCGAAUCGCGUUUUUGAAUUCGUAUGCGGCCAAUCAAAUUUUGCCAAGGGUUAUUCAAAUAAUGGCCGAAGAACUCAAAUGGAGCGCAAGAGAGCAGCAAAGACAGUACGACAUGGCGAAAGAGUUUCUGAAAACGGAAAUGAAUGAAAUUCCGGGCUACAAUCCGAAAAUCGAUGGGCUCAGAGAAGAAUUGACAGAAAUUGAGAAACAAGUCACUGGCUCCGUUUUCAAGCUUCUGGAUUCGGAUUCAAAAGGCUUUUUCACUGCAUCCGAUCUUCGCAACUAUCUGAAGGAUAAUGGGCACGAGCUUCCGAAUGAUCUCGUCGAUGACAUGUUCGCUGAGGCUGAUUUAUACGGCGAACGUCAAAUCUCGUUAAUGGACUUGACCAACAUAAUCGCCGGAUUGAAAGCUGGAAAAAGGAAAGGCCGUCGAAUGUUCGAUUUUCUCUCAGAAUCGGAAUGUGUCAAAAAGAAUUGUUAUGUGGAGUUUGACGACGAGAAACCGAGCCAAAAGAAGCGGGCCGAGAAUGCGUCAGUAGUCAUGCCGAAACUCGACGACUCAUCUAGUUUAUUAUGA